ACCACACCGAAGAAAACGUGAAAUUCUGUACGAGUCUCUCUCUCUCGGUCUUCUUGUGAAGACGUUGCAUGAGGGGCGUAACGUGAGGAAUACGUUAUUUCUUUAAAGUGAAACAAUUCUCCCCAACAACAACAGGAAUUCACCAUGAGCCCCUUUAUUGUAGCUUUCAUCGCGUUUAUUUUGCUAUUCAUUUUCCGAAUUCUAAAUAUUGCGAGUCAGCCCAAAAAACCUGAAAUCCUGUGCAAAGAUAAGAAAUUUGAAGCAUUGUUGAGAGAAACUGCCCCAGAACUGGAACAAGCGUAAGUGACAACUAUUAACAAUUGUUAUUGUUCUUCUUGAAACCCAAAUUAUUUUCACCUUGUUAGAUACAUUCCAACAAGGAUAUGGGGUUUCAGUGGUCAUAUUCAAACAGUAAUGCACAGUUUGAUUGGAAGGAAGAAAUGUCCUUGGCCGAUUGGAGAGAGGGUGUCACUUCUUUUGGAUGAUGGAGCCACCCUGACUUACGAUGUUUACCAACCUCUUGAUGUCCACUCUUCUGGAGAGGAUGUCACUUUAAUCCUAUGCCCUGGUAUUUGCAACUCAAGUGAAUCUAUAUAUAUUCGCACAUUUGUGCAUCAUGCACAGAGAAAAGGCUUCAGAUGUGUAGCUAUCAAUCACAUUGGAGCUAUGAAGUCAAUUAAAUUGACUUCUCAUCGAAUUUUCAGCUAUGGCUGCACAAAAGAUUUCCAUGAAAUGCUUGUCAACCUUCAGGAGAAUUAUUUCCACAGCAGGAUGGUUCUUGUAGGUUUCAGUAUGGGGGCCAACAUUGUUACCAAAUAUAUGGGCGAAAAACGACCUGAUAUGCCGAAAAAUAUCAUGGGUGGCAUCUCUAUUUGUCAAGGCUAUGACGCACUCGGUGCUAUGCAGCAUAUGUUGCUGUGGUCAAACUUCCGUCGGUUUUACUUGUACAUCAUGACUGAAAAUAUGAAACGCGUCCUAAUGGCUCAUCAGCAACUUGUUCUGUCCGAAGACGUCAAAUCUCGUUAUCAACUAUGUGAACGCAGCAUUUUGUCCGCUGCAACCCUACCUGAAUUUGACGACGCUUAUACUAGACGAGUAAGUGGAUAUGAUUCGAUUAACGACCUCUACACUCAAAGUAGUUGCUCCUUGUACCUGGAUAAUAUUACGAUUCCCCUGGUUUUUAUCAAUUCACAAGAUGACCCAAUUAUUCCUGAACCCUUGCUUAGUUGGCCUAAGCAAUAUGCCGAAAGUCGCGAUAGGUCUGCCUAUAUUUUGACGUCGCACGGAGGUCACUUGGGUUUUUAUGAAGGAGGAUUGCUCAAACCCAAUCCUGUUACUUGGUUGGAUCGCACAGCUGUCGGAAUAGCCGACGCAAUUCUACGUGAUACGCACAGCAAGUCGCUCUAAAUCCAAAAUGUCCAUAACUAUUAUCAGCAAAGGCAACAACAAUACUAUCUAAAAAUCAAGCAAUCGUAACUUACUAAAAGAUUUGUUGACUUAAUCAACUUCGUUACUUUAUAUAAUACAUACUACAUGGAUUAAAGUUGGAGAAUUUAACCCUGUUUCGAAUCAUUCUGUAAUGAAAAAUACCGUGCGUACGUGGUCUGAAUAUAAGGCUUUUUACGGUG